GUGUUUGAUCAGCGAUUCGUACCCGACAACACGUAUCAAGGUCAAGUCCGAAAUUCGAUCGCAAAAAAACUAUAAUUACACAAAGUGAAAGUUGUGGACUGAAAAGGGGAAUGAUCGGAUCAAAAGUCGGGCUAUUACUAUUUUGUUUGAUUGCCGUGGCCUGUCAAAGUGAUACCCAGUCAGUAGCAAAGGGUGUUUGGAUGAUAAUUCCGAACGAAUCGCAUCGUGUGAUUGAAGCCGAUUCCACUUUAACGAUCACGUGCAGGUUGGCUUACGCAAAUGAUACGGAAGAUCUGUUUUACGAGAAUCCUAUUUGGAAGUGGGAAUUGCCGGAUUUUCUCACCAAAAAUUCCCAAUUAAUGGAAAUCAAUGCCCGCUUUCGAACGACGUUUGGCAGGAACGGCACUUACAUGUCAUCGACUAUGACAUUGAUAAACGCCACCCACCAAGACACGGGCUACUACCGAUUUUUCUACGGACACGUGGAAGUGAAACAAUAUAUCUACGUUUUCGAUAACCGGAAUCUUGUCAUCAUCAACGACAUGAGCCGUUAUCCCGAUUACAAUCUUUACUUUUUCCAUCAAGGUGAACUGGGUGUUCACAUCCCUUGCAAACCCACCCAUCCCAACGUCAGCGUGUCUCUCAUUCACGUAGAUCAACUCAACAAAGAGCCAAACUAUGAGGAUGUGCUAGCCGAUCCGCAUUCCAGUUGGUCGCUGGAACCAGAACUCGGACUGACACUAAAAAAAGUGAUGAUCAGUAAUACUGGAAAUUACCGAUGCGUCGGAACAAUGGAUAACAUCACCGAUGAGAAACAUUUCACAAUCAGCGUCAAAGGAAUUGAGCUUACUAGAAUGGGUGAUCCUGACGAUCCGCCGGAAGGGAGCAACGUCACCUUGAUCUGUCGCACACUUUUCGCUGAGAUCAAGUUCCCAUCUCCACCGGAAUGGGCCUACGAAAUGAAAAAUACGGGAAGAAUGAGAAUCAUCAAUGAGCUGAGUCCACCUGAAGGCAUUCAAAUUAAGACACACGAUUACAGUAAACAGAGAAAUACAGGUGGAUUCACUCUGAAUUAUUACGAGAGUCGACUCGAUCUUUUUGAGGUCAAUCAAAAUACCUACACAACCUUUCAGUGCAAAGCAAACAAGGAUAAAGACGCAGUAACUAAAAUAAUUUUCUUUCAAGUCAAAGCUAAAACCAACAACCAGCCAGUGUCUAAUUUUGUCCUGUUCGAGAAAACCAUAGAAACGACCACCCUUGUUACGUUGUCCCUCACUCUGGCAGCAUGUCUCGUACUUGGCUCAGGUAUCGGUGUCAAACUGUAUUUAGAAAAGAGGCAGCAAGUGUUCCCAGGAGUCAAGAAACUGCUGGCUGGAAACGUGAAAGAGAUCAACCGCCAACUGCCCAUCGAAGAGCAAACUGAACUGCUCCCCUACGACAAACAAUGGGAAUUUCCUAGAUAUCGAUUGAAACUGGGAACGCAGCUAGGCGCUGGGUGUUUUGGACGUGUCGUUCGAGCCGAAGCCAUGGGGAUUAAAGGCUCAGAGGACACUAUCAAAACAGUUGCUGUUAAAAUGAUUCGAUCUCACACCAACAUGGCUGCCAUGGAAGCUCUUGUCAGCGAAAUGAAGAUACUUAUUUACUUAGGAUCACACCUAAACGUCGUCAGUUUACUGGGAGCCUGCACUAAGCAAAUGUCAAAAGGCGAACUCUUCAUAAUAGUUGAGUACUGUCGGUUUGGUAACUUGCAAAAUUACUUGUCGAAACACCGAAACAGUUUCAUCAACCUGGUAGAUGGUUUCGGCAACAUGAAAUCAGCUUCUGACACAAAGGAAAUACCGUACGUAUCCGAGCACCAAACCGAAAGAGACAAUCCAUGCGACGAGCUUCCGUCAGAUAGACGUCCGGCAUCCGAACGGCCUGAGGAGCCACCGGUGGCUUCAGCAAACCGAUAUCAACCGCCAACACAACCGUUGUAUCAGAACCAGCCACCAGCACUUAAUUACGUUUUAGGCCGAUAUAUUUCAACCUGCGAUUUAAUUUCCUGGUCUUUUCAAAUAGCUCGAGGAAUGGAAUAUUUGGUUAGCAAACAAGUUCUCCAUGGCGAUUUAGCUGCACGCAAUGUGUUGCUAGCCGACGAUGGGGUUGUUAAACUGGCCGAUUUUGGAAUGGCUAAGAAAAUGUAUUAUGAAGGCAACUACGAGAGAAAAGAGGGAUUAAUGCCGGUCAAAUGGAUGGCAAUCGAAUCGUUAACCGAUCGCAUUUUUUCCUCCGAAUCUGACGUUUGGUCGUACGGAGUUCUUCUCUGGGAACUCUUCACCUUAGGCAAAGUUCCGUAUCCAGGAAUGGACGCUGGUCACCAACUCAUCAAAGAAAUUCAAAAAGGGUACCGCAUGGAAAAACCAGAGUACGCACCCAAUUUGUUUGGAGAAAUUAUGACCAAUUGUUGGAAAUCGGAUCCGAAAGAAAGGCCCACUUUUAGUCAGCUGAGGGAGAUUAUCAGCCAACACAUGACAGAUCUCACUUAUGGAGAGUGACUGCUCUGAAGGGAAAUCCUAACCCAAAUUUAAAACAAUAUUAUUCCAGUUUAACCUCUUCCUUUAAAAAUUAUUUACUAAAAUGCGGUCACGAAUGUAAAUAUCACAGUCGAUCUCUAGUA